GAUAUCAGCUAAUUUGCGGUUCAAAUCCGAUUACUUAUAAUUCAUUUUCCAAUAGCCAAACUACGGCCUUCAACUCUUUUUUCUUAGUACCAAAAUAAAAAAACAGUAACAUGGAGGUGGCUUGCAAUGGAACUGCCACAAAGGUUGCACUCGUGGAGAAGCAGGAACCUGUUCUAAUCCCCCCCGCUGAAAAAACAUUCGAUGGCUUGUAUCUUCUUUCAAACCUUGACCAGACAUUCCCUUUCCGUAUAGAGAUUUUAUUUUCUUACAGAAAAGGAAUGGGAAAUGCUGCUGAAAUCAUCAAAGAAUCCUUGGCUAAGAUCUUGGUCGAGUUUUACCCUUUCGCAGGUUGCCUUACCGUAACAAGGGAUGGGAAAAUGGGGGUGCGAUGCACUGGGGAGGGCGUGCCAUUUGUUGAAGCAAUUUCGAGUAGCACCAUUGAAGAAUUGGGUGAUAUCAGCAGGGCUGAUCCUGUGAAGUUUCGAAAACUAGUUCACCAUCUAGACAAGGUGGAUAGCAUAUUGGACGUGCCACCAUUAACAGUGCAGAUCACAAGUUUCAGAUGUGGAGGGAUUGUUCUUGGAAUAGUAAUGAACCACCAUGUUGUUGACGCAAAGGCAUUAGCAGAUUUCCUGAAUUCUUGGGCUGAAACAACAAGAGGCCUGCCCUUUUCUGUUGAUCCAUGUCUCGAUCGAUCCAUAAUAUCUCCAAGACAACCACUUAUAGUCGAUAACCCCCAUCCUGCAUUUGUGGAAAAACAAAGCGCAGUCAGAACUACAUCCCUUCAAUUUCAGGAACCAAUCGUAUAUCAAUCCUUCUGCUUUGAACCCAAAAAGCUUCACCAACUUAAGGAAAUGGCCAAGGAAGAUGAAUUAGUUGCGUCUCCUACGAGCUUCGAAGUGAUUUCUGCGUUAGUGUGGAUUAUGAGAACCAAGGCAUAUAAGAUUGAACCGAACAAAACUACCAAGAUGCUCGCCGCCGUUGACGGCAGGCGAAAAUUCAAGCCGGCAUUACCUGAUUGUUUCUUUGGCAAUGGCACCAUUAUGUCAUGUGCCCAGUGCAGGGCAGGGGAUUUGGUGCAAAAACCAUUAUCGUUUGCAGUUAAAAAAGUGCACGAGUCUAUCAAUGAGGUGAAUGAAGACUACAUACAGUCAGCCAUUGAUUAUUAUGAGUUAACAAGAGGGCAAUAUCAAUUGGAGAAUACCUGCUGGAUUAGUAAAUGGAGUAGCUUGGCCUUCUAUGAUAUAGAUUUCGGUUGGGGAAAGCCGCAGCAAGUUGCACCAGCAUCGACCCUGGACAAUCUGUCUGUGACCCUUGCUCAGGAAAAGGACAGUAAGAAUAUAAUUUUAUCAUUGGGUCUCCCUGAAUCUGUCAUGAAUAUUUUCCAGGAGCUAAUGCAGUCGGAACUCAAGCCAAAAUAAGUCCAUUCCUAUGAUGCUUAUAUAUAUUUAUUACUAGUGUUAAACCUUUUGGUUGUUCUUAAUCACAAAAGCAAGAGCAGUAACUUGACUCCAGCUUGGAGAAUGGUUCAAUUCUGCUUGUUUUCUUUAGAUAAAAUCAGGUCUAAAUAAAUUCAAGAGCUUGUUCUCGUGAAAUGAAUAUUUUGCUUUCUCAGUCCUGUAUACUGUGUCUCGUGCCUUGACACUAUUGUCAAGUGUUCGGAUUAUAUAUAUGGGUUAAGACGGAUGUGUGAAAG